AUGCAGUGGCUUUGCGGAACGAUAGUGACGUUGAUUUGCAUCGCACACCGGGUGACCUCAUCGGAGCUGAACAUAUUUGGCGGCCAAGGCAUCAGAGAUGCACUCGCCGAACGAGAUCUGAUGGUAGCGAUCCAGAUACCGCUGCAGAACGGGGUCAAGUUCGUCGAUGGACUGGACGGGUUUCCGGCGUUCGGCGUUAGCAGCGAGGCGGACCUGAAGUCACCGUUCCGGCUCAUCCUCUCCGACCAUCUGCAGGACUUCGCCAUCAUAGCUACCGUCAGACCGCAGUCCAGCUCCGGUGGUUGGGUCUUCUCGGUCGUCAACUCGCUAGACACCGUGGUCCAGCUGGGCCUGCUGCUCGAACCGACCGCAGCCGGCGACCAGUGGAACAUCACGCUGUACUACACCGACGCGAAGCAGGAGCGCGACAGCCAGGCACUCGCUUCCUUCCAGGUGCCGUACGGCAAGAGCUGGAUGAAGAUGAUCUUCAAGGUGCUGCCGGACCAGAUCGUCUUCUACUACAACUGCCUGGAGAGCGGUGUGCUCAUGGUGAAGAAGGAGCCACGUAAGUUAGUAUUCGAUACCGCCUCGACAGUGUACAUCGGGCAGGCAGGUCCCAAACUGCAGCGGAAAUUCGAGCCACUUCCGAAGAAAGAAAUCAUUCCACGCUUUGCUGAAACGACAAGCGGAUACCCUCAGCAUCCGCGAUAA